GCCGGAGCGGCGGCGGCGGCGGCGGCGGCUGCUGCGGCGGGGCGAGGAGCCAUGAGGAAGCCGCUCGCGAUGGGUCCUGUUGCCAGCGUGGUUGCAGCUCGUGGACUUUGAUGUGACUGCGCACCAUGUACAGUGUGGACGAUCUCCUGAUUUCUCAUGGAUACAAACCGUCCCGAGACCACGCAGCACCACGGAAGGGCAGUUCUAAGGAGUGCCGGCCAGCGAGGACCAGAACCCGAGCUGGAGCUGACCAAGGCCUGUUGAAUGGGUAUGAAGAUGGCUCCGCAGUCUGUGCCCGCAAUAGGACAUCCCUGGGGACAGGACACCUGAGCGACUCCGAAAGCCGCCGCAGCGCGCCAAGAGGCCAGGGGCACGGGGGACGCCCAAGGGCUUCAGCUUCUAGAACUCCUGAGGCGGGGUUUUACAACCAAGCAGCCUUAGCAUGGUCCUCUCAGCCCCAGGUUGGUAGCAACCACACCUACUGGGGAAGAGGAGGGCAGGAAGGCAGUGACGCGCUGGGUCCCAGGGGCCGGGAAGGUCUGCAGGUCAGAGGAAUGGCCCAAGCCCACAGUCUGCCGGCCCACGUGAGGGAGGGCCCAUGGGAAGUCGCAGGAAGGACAGAGCAUGUGACGAAGAAGGCCGUUUGGGAAGACGAGUCGAGGACGCCAGGUCCUGCCAAGUGGCAGAACGUGGGCCUGGAGAGUUGGAAGCACCCGAGGCAGUUAGGGAGGCAGAUGUCUGACGGGGAUGGCGAGAAGCUGUUUCAGGAUCUGCACCUGUUCGUUCAAGGAGAACGCGCGCUGACCGCUCAGAACAAGAAGAAGUCCCGGUCCUUGCCCCGAGUUCUUUCCCCCGAGGGCCUGAGUUGCACAGAAAUUCCCCUCCCACUACACGACGGGCAUUUUCCAGAGAUCGCCAAGAUGUCACCGUACCCUCCGGGCUGCGAGCCUGGCCGGAACCCUGAGAGAGGCGGCUCCUCGGGCCCUUUCCCCCAGCCCAAGUUCGGGAAGCCCCUGAAGCCUCCAUCCUACGCGUCCCACCACCAGCAGGCCAGGGCCGCAGAGGGCCACUUUCAGGAGCAUCGCCAGCACCUGGACCCGCGUGGCUCCUUCCCGACCAGAACCGACGACCCCAGGCAUGAGCCGGGAGCGUCCGAGCCGGGCUUGGAGCCUCCGGUGUACGUGCCCCCGCCUUCAUAUAGAUCACCCCCGCAGCACAUUCCGAACCCCUACCUGGAAGAGCCCACGCCGCGGCUUGGGAGCGGCGGCCACAGUCCGCAGCAGCAGCAGCAACUGCCCGAGAAGGUCAUGCCCGGCUGCCCACUUCCUUCAGGCUCCCUGGCAGCUGGAAGCCACUACGGUGCCAGCCCAGGCUCUUCGCCCCGGGGGCUCCCUGCACACCCCCACCCCACGCCGGCCUAUGAAGGCUCUGUUGAGUACAUCCCCUUCGACGAUCCACGGAUCCGACAUAUCAGACUAGCUCAGCCCCCCGGCUUCUGUGAAGAAGCAAAAUCGGAUGACAGGCCCUGCAACUCGGGUCUCAGGACUGCUCUGGAGCCGGCCCCCGGGAGAAGGCAGUGUGACGGGGCCCUGCUGCCCCCACGGGACCCGGCAGGCCCGUCGGGCAGCGAGAGGGGCCCUGCCUUUGCCAAUGCCAGCCCACGGUGGCUGAGGCGUCACGUUCCUGGCGAUAGAGACAGCGGAGGCUUCCCGGGCCAGCCUGGCGAGGGCGUCGGGAGGGGACCGCGGGCGGAUGGCGGAGCUGGCGCCUCCUCCCCGCACUCCUGGGCCGAGAGCACCUGCACGGCCCACACCAAACUCAGAAAGUUUGAAACUGGGAUCCAGACCAAGAAAAGUUCAAAGAAAAAAACCAGCGAGACCAUAUUUUGUUUGGUUUCCAUCCCAGUGAAAUCAGAGCCACAUCUGCCAGCUACAGACAGGAACAACAAUGACCUCAAAGCGAGGGCUGACCGAAGGCCCGGGCUGGAGGACAGCGCGGCGCUGCCGGAGCAGAGUCUGCUGAGCGCGUCCUGCACGGACCUGGAGCUGCAGGCCCUCACAGGAAGCCUGGCCAUGGGGAGGGAGUUCCCGAGGCAGGAUCUGGGGGAGCCAGGAGACAAUGAGCAAACCCAUGACCUCAGGUUCGUGAACCUCACCAAACACAGGGUGCUCCAGUCUUCUGGAUCAUGGCCAGGCCACCAGCACAGAGACCAGCAGACCCAAACCAGCUUCCCCGAAGACUCCAGAAGCUCGCAGUUCCUCCUUGCCCCGGAGCCAGGAGGCGUGAGCAAUGCAGCGCCCAUCCCAAAAUGCCUAGACCUCAGCACCCCCAAAGCUCAGCCGCAUGUGGUGUUGGCAUCUGGUGACCAGAAACAAAAGCCCAGCGGCCCUAACCUCAGAGGCCAGACAUCCCUCAGCCCAUCUAGUAACAGUGCUUUUUCAUGGACUUCCUCAGCCACACACCAAGCAUCUGCGCCCAAGGGGGACCCAGGCCAGCCCUGUGUGGAUGUCCACAGACAGGGGCCCAAGCCCGAGGUGGUGAAGGGGGAGCCGACGGCAGGCCCGUGCAACAGCAAGCCGCUGUUCGGUCAGUUCCUCUUGAAACCAGUUAGCCGGCGGCCCUGGGACUUGAUCAGUCAGUUAGAGAGUUUCAACAAGGAGCUGCAAGAGGAGGAAGACCAUCGCAGCAGCAGCAGCGAGGAGAGCGAGGCUGAGCAGCAGGAGAACUGUGCCCACCCGACCCCCAGAACCCAGGCUUCCCACGAAGCCAGCCAGGACGUGAGGGGCGAGCAGCGGCCAAGGCCGAGGGUGCUGGAGCUGGGGGACCCGGGCUUCCAGGCGGUAAGACUUCAAAGCAAGUCAGAAAACUGCACGGAGGAGCCACAGCCCCACCACCCACGUGCCCAUGGCCCCUUGCCGUCGGAAGACCACCGGGUCACGUUUUUCCAGCAGGUGGAUCAAAGCCCGAUGGUGGAGCAGCAAGAGCGGCAGGUUGUAAAUGGAGCGUUUGAGCCCGCAGUCAGCCCCGGUCCCAUGAGCAGGAUGGUGGCGGCGUGGAGACCAGACAGCACCAAAGCAACGGCCCCGUCCUAUCUGGCUGAGCAGAGGGGAAGUCGCGAACUGAGCCAAGGCAGUGAUGCUUCAGGGGCUGUGCAGCCGAGCAGAGGGGCCCCUCCAGAGGUGGACGGCAGGGAGGAGAGGAGCCCAGUGGCCCCACUGUCCCUUGCCAACAAAAAUCGAGGUCUCUCAGCACCAGACUUGCGGUCUCUGGGACUGGCGAAGGGGCAAGAGCAGAGUGCCUGUAAGUUAGAAGAGUCUUCCGGGGCAGGGAGUGCUUCAGAAAUCGCCCCAAGUGAGUCCCUGCAGGAGAGGGCCGUGAGGAUCCUGGGCAUUGAGGUGGCCGUGGAGUCCCUCCUGCCAGGUGCCAGGAGAGCAGGACAGAGCCCGUCCCCUGAGCCCCGUGUAAGUGCCUGCAGCCCACAGCCACCCAGGGAGGACUCUCUGCCCAGCUCAGCGCCGUCAGGUGGCACUAUGGUGACCACAGACGCCUUCUACGGCAGGAGAAAGUGUGGCUGGACGGAGAGUCCGCUCUUCGUUGGGGAAAGAGCUCCCCCGGUGCCACCGCACUCAGAUGUGGAUGGGGUUCCUUCCAGCCAAGCCACCACCCCUGAGCCCGAGCUCAGCCCUUCAGAGUGCAAGUCCUUUGAGGAAAAGGGUGCAGGGGCAAAACCACCCUUCAGGGCCACUCUGGUCCACUUCAUAGAAAGGACCUCAAGUGUGGCAGGCUCAGAAAAGAGGCUUCGGAGCCCUUCCAAAGUGAUUGAGAGUUUACAAGAGAAGCUGACAUCGCCCCCAAGGAGGGCAGACCCCGACCGCCUGAUGAGAAUGAAGGAGGUGAGCUCCGUGUCCCGGAUGAGGUGCCUGAGCUUCCGGAGCGCAGACUCCGUGGAGGAGGCACAGGCCUGGCAGUCGGGGGGCCUCACAUCUCUGAACACUGGGGACCAGGCAUGGCGAACCUCUGUCUCCAAGGCUGAUGUGUCUCGGGAAGAAAGCAGACACUUUACAGCACAGAGGGAGAAGCAGGACCAGGACUUCUGGAGCCCAGACUCCUACGAUCCUAGCCGAGUGGAGAGGGUGUGAUGAAAUGCCGGACCACCCCUGCUUAACGAGUAACCUCCGCUCAGUCGGUCAGCCCUUCGAGCCCAAGGCAACGCUGGGAACUGCUGGCGUUAGCGUCCUGAUUCCUCCUGUCAGUAGGAAACCCGUCAUCCAUGCAGAAUUGCUUGUGGAGAUAAAGCAAUAGUCUGCCGAAACCAUCUGUUUUUAUAUCAUGAGUCUCUAAUGCCUAUAUUUAGAAGAGACUUUUCACAUAAAUUCUCCUUCCUGGUGGAUUAGGCCAAGCUGGUAAAUAGUUUGGUGUUAAUCUGGUUUUGUGUGGACAUUCAAAAAUGAAAGAUAUAAUGAAUGAUUGUGUGUGUGUGUGUGUGUGUGUGUGUGCACGCGUG